AUGAAGAAAACAACUUUUGUUCGAAAAGGAGCAUCCCUUCAAAAACAACUCCCUCUCGGAACGAAGCCUUCCGUGCACAAUGGACAAUUGUUGGUAUCAUCAGGACUUCAUGAUUUGGAUGGAAUUAUUGGAGGAGGAUUUCCAUUGGGAAGCUUGGUCUUGAUUGAAGAGGAUCGUUUUAGUGAAUAUUGCCAACAUUUGAUGAGGUAUUUCCUAUCGGAAGGAAUGACCAAUAGACAUUCCAUAGCGUGUGGAUUAUUUAAUCAGAUACAAUAUUCUGCAGGUGUGAGUUCAUUAUCAAGUGGUAGUGGUAAUGGAGGACAUGGAACCGAAGUAUUAUCCAGUCUCCAUCCGUCACUCUCCUCGUAUUUUGCUUUUAAUUAUUCUCGAUACAAGGCUGAAUUAGAAGAAAAGGAACAAGAGAAGGAUCAAUCUCUGACAAAUUCUUUGAAUAGUUCCACUUCUUCGAAUGCUACAUCCAAAUUGUCAACUCCAAGCGAAUCAUCACAAAAUUCCGAGAUUAGCACAACAACAUCAACAACUAACACACCCAACAGUAUUAUGGACCGAUUGAAUAGAAAAAUUGGAGCUACUUCUUUUUCAUCAAGUACUUCUGUUACCGCAACCUCUCACACACAACCUUCGACGACACAAGAUUCCACAAAUAGUGAACUUAAAAUUGCAUGGAGGUAUCAAGACUAUGUAGAACAGCAAAUGAAAUUGAAACAACAACGAUCUUCAACCUCUGCAAGUGCAUCCUCAGGAGAAAAGAGUGGAGUGGUUGGUACAGUGUUGUGCAGCGAAUAUGAUUUGAGUAAGACCAUGCAACCUGAAAUUAUCAAAGCCAAUUUAGAUGGGCUUCAUGUUCUGUUUGAAAAGGAUGAAAUUUUUGAUGAGAAAAUUGGUGUGUUUUAUGAUGAAUUAUUGCGAAAAAUUGCCAAAAUAAUUUCUGCAAGUAAGACACACUACACAAAUGCUGCCAACACGAGUAAUGAAAUUUCGAGUAGAGCUGUUGUUAGAAUUGGUCUGCAAUCACUGGGUUCCCUAUUCUAUAGUGGUGAUGACAGCAAGACAACUCAAUUCCGAUACAUGCUCAAAUUUUUGUCACAACUCAAAGCUCUUCUUCGUUCCAGCCUUUCCGUUUGUGUUUGUACAAUUCCUAAGGCUUCCAUUAAUUCAGUUUCACCUUCCCUUCUUAAUGAACUCGAACAAUUGUCAGAUUUAUCACUCUCCAUUGAUAGUUUUACAGGAGCUGGCCUAGACGUGAGCGAAUGGGAAUUUAAGGAAUAUAGUGGACUCUUUUAUAUCAAGAAGUUAUUCAAGAUGAAUUCACUGACAUAUAAUUUCACACCAGAAACUCUCAAUUAUGCAUUCAAGCUCAAGAAACGAAAAAUGUACAUUGAAAAAUUACAUUUACCGCCUGAAGAGACUCGAGAAGCUUCAAAUCCUGAUCGACCAAAAUUCAAAGCAUCCAACGAAGUUGAAAGACACAAAUUACAAGUAGAACGAGUGAUAAAAUCGAUUCCAUCCAUGAAUUCUGCCAGUGACUCUUCCAAUCUUGCAACAUCAUCGGAUGAUCAUGUUUUUGGAUGUGCCUCACAGUCGAGCGUCUCUGGCAACAAUCCUCUCGACUUUUGA